CGAACAAAACGAUAACAUCAUAAACCGUGCUUCUACUCUGUCAUAUCGUCGAUCAGGCCGAGCAGUAAAAGCAAGGUUUAAAGAUAUAGCAAGAAGAACAAAAAAUAUCUUAAGAGCUACGAUAUAA